GUUCCCCAUCGUACACUUGUUUACUGCAGUCUCUCUCCCAGUGAAGAGUUUUUGGAACCCGGACUCCUCCAAAGAAACUCUACAAGUGACUCAACGACGACGACGACGACUACGUAAAAAUUCUCUUGUUCAGCAUCACUUAAUCUGAUCAGACCAGACAUUUGCAUGUUGUGUUGUUGUGAGGUGAUUUAAAUUCUGGGAGAUCUGCCCGUGUCAACCAAACUGUCGCCUAGGAUUUGGCUGAAACUGCUCUUAUUUGCAAACAAUUACAUACUCUUGUGUGAUCAGUAGAGAGAGAGAGAGAAGAGCUGAGAAUAUUAAGAGGCUGCUGCUGCUCAAACUGUCUUGACGGCAGUGUAAGGUUUUUGGUGUUGACUGAGACAAGUAUUGUAUUUCUUCUUGUGCUUGGUGGUAGUGCGUCGUUGGAAGGGAUUUGAUACUCCUCGCACUUACCUAAUUCUUCUCCCAUCACGUCAUAAACAUCGGAGGAGGAGGAGGACGCGUCCAACGAGAGGAUUGAAAGUGAUCGUUGUUACCGCACAUUGGCCUGAUUUCCAUUUUGUGUGUAUCGAACACGGAUUAAAGUUACUGGACCCGGUUAAACUUUACUGCGUUUGCUUUUCUUGGUCGACAAGGAGUGUGUAAUUGAGAACAUUAUACAUGUGAGUGCUGCAUGUUGUUAGUGAAAAUCAGUUGCGAAGGCUGAACAGAUACUUAAAAAUCGCCUCAAGUGUUUGAUUAUUCGUCUUGUAUGAAAUAUCAAGUUACUCUCUGCAUACAUUUGAUGGGAAGUACUUGACGAAACUUUUCGUGCUUUGUGGACUUGAAGAACUUGAUAAUUUGCUACUGAUCACGUUUCGUUAUAUUUCCUAUCCUUAAAAUGACGCUGAUAAGAGAUAUGCAAAUGUUACCGCAUGGUAACAUCGUGCUGUUUUCCUGUUCAACGUUCAUCUUAACGAAGACAGUAAAACACUUAUUGGAUGUGAUAUGGACCUCGGGGAGGAGGAUGCUGAAUUAAUCCACUCCAAAUUCCGGAAAGCCCAGCGUAAGGUUGUCAGCCGGCUCACAACCGAUAACCAAUGCGUUCCUACCGUUGGUGGUGACCAACAACAACAGCAACGACAGCAUUCUCCAACGUACGCACAUCCUCAUCAUCACCCCACAACCCUCACUAGAGGCUUGUCAUUUGAGGAACACAUGCAUGUGGAGUCCGUCUUGGCCAAAGCAUCACCUGGUUUUGCUUCUACGCCUAACAGACUUGACACCGGAGUCAUCAGGAUUUCAGCGCUACCAAAAUCGCCCAUUUUUGGGACCAAUAUUUCUUUCAGUGGAGCAACAACGUCCCAACCUCAUACUCCAACGCUGCAUGGGUCACUUGUAAGUUCAUCUGGUGGACGACCAACACAUCCUCACAUGACAAGUGGAGGAACCUCGGCGUCCUCAUCGUCAUCCUCAUUCCCAUGCGAGGUGUUUCGCUUUGAUAGCACAGAUCGUGAGCGGUACUUAUGUAGCGCAAUUUCCGAGGAGGAAGAAGUCUUCAGUCCUGGUCCUUCCCCGUCAUCCUUGUCAUCCUACGAUUCUCCUCAGGUUGUUCUCGACUCUCCUCGUAUCACGAUUAGUCCGUUGAGAAUCCAAGACUCGCCACCUUCCUAUCUUCCGCCAUCAGCAGCACUCACCCCCUCGCCCAAGAUGGACAGUCAAAAUCGGUUGAUGGCUAGAGUCCAUCCUAGCCUAACUAUGCUUCCACCACCCUCUGCCAGCAUUGAGCAGAGUCGGUGCCUCUUUGGAGUCCCUUCGUCGCCAGUUUCACCCCUGACCCCAAAUACUCCGCUAUCUCCGUCCCCGCUAUUCAACGUAGACCAGUCUUUUCAACAGGGUUUCCUCGCCGAAUUGUACCGCAGAAGGUGCCACUCAGACUCCGAUCUCCCUAUUGUUCCAGAUCUGCCCAAAGUUGAACCUACAGAUCUGUCAAUCAAUUCAAUGAAGUCAAUGGGCCCAAGUCAACCAGGAAUGCAUCCUCGUCUCAAAAAGCCAAUACCACACCCUCUCACAAUUCCAUGCAAAGGGGGUUCUCUCGAAUCGGAACAAUCAUCGCCACAAGAUUCGCCAUUAGAUUUAUCAAUGAAAGGAAGCAGGGAGCGAUUUAGCAGCAGCACAAGUUGCGAAAGUCUUACGGCAACCCGGUAUAUUUCUAGUCUGGCUCUGCAACAGCAUCAUCCGUCUCCAUGUCAUUCCCCAGGUGUAUCAGUAAUUCGGGGAGAUAUCGCAUCUCCAACCACCAGAAACUCGGUUGCUCUUCGCUACAAUCUUGACGUGUCUCCAGUGGUUGAAGAAAUGCCUCCAGGAGCCGAUCUUGCUUUUGUGUGUCCGGUCUGUGGGCAGAUGUUCUCCUUACAUGACCGGUUGGCAAAACACAUGGCAUCGCGACACAAGAGCAAGCCCCAUGACCCCAACAAGAGCUAUCCUUGUGAAAUUUGUAACCGGUCAUUUGCAAGGAGCGAUAUGCUCACAAGACAUGUCCGACUACAUACAGGAAUCAAACCUUACACGUGCAAGGUGUGUGGGCAAGUAUUUUCCAGAUCUGAUCAUUUAAGUACUCAUCAAAGGACUCAUACUGGUGAAAAACCAUACAAAUGUCCCACCUGUGCUUACUCUGCAUGCAGGAGAGACAUGAUAACAAGGCAUUUACGGACACAUUUAAGGAAUAGUUCGUCGUCAUCCUCACUGUCGGAUCAAAUGGGGUCUGUUUCCACUCCCACCUCCAUCAUGUCAAUGUCGGACUUUGGAGAUGAAAGACACAUCAAAAUUGAGCACUCUCGACCACCAUCUUCCAACUCAAGUUUUGCACCCGAUUCCCCUUUGUCACCGGCACUUCACAUUAGCUCCCUGUCCGUCAACUCUCCGUCACCCACGUAGUCUAGAUUGGACAUUGGACAAGGGCAGUGACAUAGAAGAAUGGUCAUAUAUAUAAAUUUAUUAUGUUUUUCGGAUGGCAUGGUAGCUGGACAUGGUAGUUGAUCAGACAUAUAGAAUUUCGUUCGUGUAGUUAGAAAUGAACUGAUCAACGCACUUUCACUCUCAAUUGAAUGACCAAAAUGACCUGAAUUGUGGCAUUAGAAAAGUAGUUGGGUGACAGGCUUCAUUCAACGGAAAUACUCGUGGUACCUUGAACCAGAAACGACGCUGCAACUGGAUUGCAUCUCAUCGCAGCUCAAUUAUACGAAUUACAGUAGAUUCGUUGAGUAUAUUGCCAUUAUCCAGUACCUGUAGAUAUUAUCACUUUAGAGAAGGCCCCUAUAUACAUAUAAACGUGUCAUAUACGUAUUUUGCCCCGGUGUAUGUACAUAGCUUAUUGUAACCGUCAUUGUUGUUUCCAUAUAUAUAUUUUACGUAAAUAUUUCAUUGGGCUAGAAUAUACAAACUCCAAAUGCUACGCUUAAAAUCAUCCAUUGGUUAAAGACCUGUGAAUUUACUUUGAAUUGGUAUUAUAUAUAGUCCAUUAACAAGACAAGUUAAUUAUUACAAGUGAAACGCAUCGUACUUAAAAUAUGUAUGUCCGUGAUUUGGGUCUUCUCCGUUUUGAACCGAUUUAGAACACGUUUUGCGGUUUUGUUUUUAAAUAUUCCUCUGCAUAAAUUGCAUAUCAGGUCGAGAUCACUAUAUACUUCAUACACAACAAGCAACCUAUUUAUUAGAGAUGGGAUUAUUAGAUGAGAUGACUGUAGCUGAAACAAGAUGAUUUAAAUUCAAUACAAAUUAAACCACCAUCCAAAUUCAUAAAUUUAAAUAAAAAAAGAUGGAAAAAGCACAAAUGGAGGAGACCAAAAAAUGGGCUGUCUUACAAAGUUUAUAACUCCGUUUCAAAAACUGCUCAAAUGUCUCAAUACCAAAAAUUUUGUUUUUAUUAUACAAAAAUAUUUAUUUAAAACACACCUUGAUCUCUUUUUGCAACAUCAGAGUUUGCAAAUUUAUCUAGAUGUAACACUUUAUCCUCAUAUAAAAACUACCCAUGUACUUGAUAAUUCGUGACCUUUUCAUCUUAUAAACGUGAUAAAUGUUUUCGAAUCUUGUAAAAAAUAUUAGAGAAAUAUUUACGAGAGUUAGUGGGUGUGUCCUACUCGAAAUAUAGCAUGUUUAGUGGAGUAGUGUUUAAUGGAUCUAUGUAUGUAUGUAUAUUUAUCCAUGUAUACAUUGGUUGGUUUGUUCUUGACAUGGUUCAGAAUACGCUUAACGAAUGCAAAAAAUUGUACGGAUACGAGGAGAAAGUGUGGCAAGGAAAGAAAUUCACACAUUUUGGACCACGAUCAGUGUUCUUCAAAACACAUUAACGAUUGGAAAUUCUAAACGUAAUUCGUAGUUAUACAUAGUUAUGUAAUUCCUAUUUUACUCAUUGUUGCACUGCUCACUGUGUGCUGGAUACCGGUAACAAAUUUAUCUUACGUAUGUACGUAGCAAGGUUCUUGUAUUGCACAGUUAUACGUUUAUUUGGUAAUUGAAGAGAAUACUCUCAGAGAUGAGUUGGUGUCGGAUCUGUCCAUUAAUGAGUGUUAUAAUUCUUUCGACUAUAUUGUUAAAUUCGGUGAUAUAAUUUAAUGAGUGUGCCAUUUUAAUGCCAUAAUGUUUGCUGUUAACGUUUACAAAUCACCCAAUAUCUAUUCUAAAAAGUUGUAUGUACGUAUUCUAUGAUAUCGAUGUGCACGUUUUUAAAUUCUUUUAUCCAACUGCCGUGUCCUAAUCGAACUAAUUGCGUACUUUAUAUUUUGAAUGAUUGCAAUGUAAACCUGUGUGUACAGAGUUUCUAAACGUGCUUCUUCAACCCUUGAUUAAAAAAACACAAGCACAGUUAUACGCAUGUGGCCAUAUGUAUUGUAUUUGUUUAUGGAUAUGGAGAAGUAAUUGGAUAUAAUUUUCCUAUGUUCAUGCUUUAAACUUUGCCCGAAAUUCAUGAGUUCAUGAAAUCACACAAAAUAAGCAGGUUCUUUAUUAAAUAUGUUUACUGUUGCAAAUUGAAUGGUGCUGCGCACCUUUUAUAACAAUUCGAAACUUUGUAAACUGCUGGAUUCCAGUGAAAAUAACCUCAGCAGAGGAAUGUGAUAAUUCCUCAAUUGAAUGAGACUCCAAAUAGAAUUUGUAUAUUUAUUUUUAGUCUUCAAGUGAAAAAUGUCGUGUGAAUAUUUUUGGUAAUCACGAUUGGAACAAAGGAAAAUAAACGAUCCUUUAUGUUACAA